CGCAGCCCACCAACUGAACAAGGCAGCCUGAGCUGAGCCGGACUGGCUGGGCCUUUCCCCGCUUUGGCAAUCCCAGUGGUGUCUGUGGCCCAGGUGUUUACUUUUUUUUUUUUUUUUGCCUUGAAAAAGGGGCUCUUUGGAUUAUCAGACCUCCAUGUAUGACAAUUUGUACCUGCAUGGAUUUGAAGACUCUGAGGCGGGAUCAGCAGAUUCAUACACAAGCAGACCAUCAGAUUCUGAUGUAUCUCUGGAAGAGGACAGGGAAGCCAUCCGCCAAGAGAGAGAACAGCAAGCAGCUAUUCAGCUUGAAAGAGCAAAGUCCAAGCCUGUAGCAUUUGCUGUAAAGACUAAUGUCAGCUACUGCGGAGCGCUAGACGAGGAUGUUCCAGUACCAAGCACUGCCAUUUCUUUUGAUGCCAAGGAUUUCCUACACAUUAAAGAGAAAUAUAACAAUGACUGGUGGAUAGGAAGAUUGGUUAAAGAAGGCUGUGAGAUUGGCUUCAUCCCAAGCCCUUUAAGGUUGGAGAAUAUUCGGAUCCAGCAAGAACAGAAGAGAGGACGUUUUCACGGAGGGAAGUCAAGUGGGAAUUCAUCUUCAAGCCUUGGAGAAAUGGUGUCUGGUACGUUUCGAGCUACACCCACUACCACUGCAAAACAAAAACAAAAAGUGACAGAACAUGUGCCUCCUUAUGAUGUUGUCCCAUCCAUGAGACCUGUUGUGCUAGUUGGCCCUUCUUUAAAAGGCUAUGAAGUGACAGACAUGAUGCAGAAAGCCCUGUUUGACUUCCUGAAGCACAGGUUUGAUGGGAGGAUAUCAAUAACUAGAGUGACAGCUGACAUUUCUCUUGCCAAGAGAUCUGUUUUAAAUAAUCCAAGCAAAAGGGCAAUAAUUGAACGGUCAAAUACCAGGUCCAGUUUAGCGGAAGUACAAAGUGAGAUUGAACGAAUUUUUGAACUGGCACGAUCCUUGCAAUUGGUUGUUUUAGAUGCAGAUACAAUUAACCACCCUGCACAACUUAUUAAGACAUCGUUAGCUCCAAUUAUUGUCCAUGUUAAAGUGUCAUCUCCAAAGGUUUUACAGCGACUGAUCAAGUCAAGAGGAAAGUCGCAGAGCAAACAUUUAAAUGUCCAACUGGUUGCAGCCGAUAAGCUUGCACAGUGUCCGCCAGAAAUGUUUGAUGUUAUUCUGGAUGAAAAUCAACUUGAAGAUGCUUGUGAACACUUGGCAGAGUACCUUGAGGCCUACUGGCGUGCUACACACACUACCAGUAGCACACCUAUGACACCUUUGCUUGGAAGAAACCUUGGCUCCACUGCACUAUCCCCUUACCCUACUGCGAUCUCUGGAUUACAGAGCCAACGUCUGAGGCAUAGCAACCAUUCUACCGAGAAUUCUCCAAUCGAACGACGAAGUCUAAUGACCUCAGAUGAAAACUACCACAACGAAAGGGCUCGGAAGAGCAGGAACCGCUUGUCUUCCAGUUCCCAACACAGCCGAGAUCACUACCCUCUGGUGGAAGAAGAGUACUCUGAUUCGUAUCAAGACUCAUACAAACCUCAAAGAAACCGAGGGUCUCCUGGAGGAUAUAGCCAUGAUUCCCGACAGAGGCUUUGAAUUGACGAACCUGGGGGCAAAUGGUACUCAUUGGUUGGCCACCUCUGUUGUAACAUAGCUAGGCCAAACAAAGCAUCUUGAUGCUUACAGGCUGCUGUCAUUUCGUGCUCUAGAAGGGCAAAAGAGGAUAGAUCAACAUUUCUCAACCUCAGCAAAUUUAAGAAUUUAAGGAAAGAAUUCCAGGAGGUGAAUCUAUUCAUCUUAAAGUUGUCGAGGUAGAGAAACGCUGAGAUUGAUAAUGCCCUUUCCAUUUAGAAAGAAAUGAGUUUGCUCAGACACUUAGAUGUGUUUUCUUUCCCAUGUAAUGUUUCAUUUCAAAUUGUUAUCUUUUCUCUCCAUUAGAUAUAAUUAGACACAUUGAUUUGUAAAUGUAGACUACCUGUUGAAGCGCACAUAUGAUAAUUUCCUGUUAUGGAAAUUCCAAAUGACCAGUUCCAGUUGGAACCAAUUUAUAAACCAAUUCCUGUUGGAAUUUGGGUGAAAUUGACUGGAAAGUCAACCUGAGCAUGUUGCAGUCAGUGAAAAAAAAAGUUAAAUAAAAUGAAGAGAAAGUAAAUUACAAAAUCAUUAUAAGCAAAAAAAAAAUAUUUUAAAAAAAUCUCUAGUACUUGUUUACUGGAAGGUGAAUUUAUAUAUAGCUAUAGAUACGGUUAGAAUAAAUAAUAUUAAUGUAUUUAUUUCAGACUACCAAAUGUAAACACUCAACUGUGCCAAAAAUAAUGAAUGAAUGGAAAAGCUCAAAUCCUUUCCAUUUUAAACAUCAGUGGAUAUUUUUUUUCCUCCCGUGCUUAUAUAUUGCAGCAAACCUGUAUCGCAUUGAUAUUUUUUGCAUUUGCUAGACCAUAUGAAAUUAUUUCAGCAACUUGAAAUAAACUAGAGGUGAAGACAGGCAUGUUUAAAAAAAAAACGUGGAAAUGAAUGCACGUUCUGUAGCACAGAUGAAAUGGAGUUUCACUCACUGAACCUGUGAACAGGUGUGAACAGUGCUGUUGAUGUGCAGAGCUUUAUGCAUGAAGGGUCCUCUCUGCAUGUUCCAAGUCUGAUGGCACCCAGAGUGUUUAAAAGAUUUAUCCAUGGUUUCUCCUAGGUAUAUGAGAACUAGGGAAGGGAUAACUUCUCUCAUCUUCCUUGUACCUUAGCACUGAAGACGGGAUUAGAGCUUUUGGCUUUGUCCCAACAAGGAAAGUCCGGUUCAGCUACGGUAGAUGAUUUGCAGAAGGAUGAAAAAACCCAUGACUCUUUUGGGGCUGGUAAAGCUAAGCCUUAAUGAAGAAUCUAUAUCAGGCACAAGGAUCCUAUCCAUCUAAUGUCCUAGUUUGUAAAAAAAAAAAAGACUUUGCAAAGAGUUAAAAAGAGGUGUUUAUAUUUGGAUUUUAUGCUGUGCAUUAAACGUAUUAAAAGUUGAAUGUGUUUCACAGGAAAAGAUUAAUGUGACAUUGUUCACACUGCUUUAUAGUCAAGAAAGAGAUUUCAUCCAGCCAAAGCACUAGAGAAGCAGUAUUAUGAUAAGGCAUCCUCAAAAGUCUUUGGUGCUUAUUUGGCAUGCGAAUUCUGAACCAUGAUGGCCUGUUCUCUUUAUCAUGUCACAGAAUGAGGUGUACUAUUUUCCUAGUCUGAAAGUUACAUCCACCAAACAUCCUUAAUCUUUUCCAUCAAAAGUAAUAUACCGUGGUAAUUAUACUCUGUUGGCCUUUCACCUGCACCUUGAUCUCAAAUGUGCUGCAGUCCUUAUCUGGAUUUCUUGCUUCUCCUUCCUCCCUGGAAUGAAAAAGCAGCCCUGAGCACAUGAAGCCCUUUGUACGUAUAGGGGAUAUCCUCAUUGAAAAGGAUGGGAUGCCAGAACUUCAUAAAUGUAUCAUAAAGGAGAUAUUUUGGAGCUCCUGGGUCAAUAAGGAAUAUCCGGUCUAGAAAUGUCAGAAAACGUAGCAUCACACACACACUUCACAUCUCAGAUUGUUCUCAGAGUGAGUGGCAAGCAUGGUGUUUAUUUUCCACAAUACUUUUAAUAAGCUAAUAAUUACAAAAUGAUAGUAAGGAAUACACAGAGAGAGAGAGAACCUUCUGGUCAAUGUAUCCAGGACAAGAUUCUAAUGCUCAUAUUUCUAAGAAUGGCGGGUUACAGAAUGGGUUGAAAAAAAUAAGCAAGAUUAGCAUUCAAAUAUUACAAAGAUAGCAGGACACUCGAGUAAACUAAACAAAUGAUAAAAAGUAGAGUUUCACACAAAGAAAAAGUGCACAAAUAGCUAUGUUAAGAAGGGCUAUACCAAUAAUGUAAAAUGAACUAAGGUUACAUUAGUUUGUCAAAGAUGUCCAUAUAAAUGAUAUACCUGAUUGCUAGAAUACAACAAAUGAAAGAAUUGGAUAGGACAUUUCUGUACCUUUUCUCACUAGGCUACGUUUAAGAUGAGUUCAGAUAGUUAAAAGAAUUGAAGGGUGGUAUUUAUAUAUUUUUUCCUCCAAAAGUAUUCUCCAGAAAUACUUUAAAUAUGUACACAUCAUAAGGCACUCAGGUAACUGGAACAGAAAUAUUCAUAUUUAACCAUCAAAGCAUAGGGCAUGAGAUUUAUCACAUAUCAGAGGCCUUCAUUUUAGCACAGAGAAUGCCAAAUCAUGCAUGAUGUUAGUCUUCUUUGAGGCUCUGUGGAACUCUUCAAACAUUAGGAAAUUGAAAAAUGGCAUAUGCAUUUCCCAUUGCAUGCUGCUGGAUACUUUCAAAGUAGACAUUUUUGUAUUUGACCAUCAAAUCUCAGGUCAUGAAUGUUACCUCAUAAUAGAGACGGGUACUCCAGCACAAACUUGGUUAUAGACAGUCAAUGGGCUGUGGAGCUGCAGUGUCCUUUAGUUGUUUGGACUUAAUGGGGGGGAGGACUGUCAGAUUUAGAACCAGCAAGGAAGACGUAUCCAAGUUGGCCAGACAAAAGGUUCAUUUCCUACUAUUAGUAUUACACGCUCUAUCAGAAUGAACACAGAAGCAGUGAGCUUGUCGUAGAACUGCCUCUCUAAUUGGCUGCUGCUGGCUGUGUAAUCUAGGCGGAAUAUUUGAUGACACUCUUUCUUGGUGGACAGGGUAUCUUCAGAGCGCUAGCACUUUAAUGUAUGCCCCAAACUUAUGUAUUAUUGGAUAUAUUUCCUAUACAGGUAGUCCUCAACUUACAACCACAAUAGGGCCCCAAAUUUCCUGUGCUAAGCAAAGCAAUUGUUAAGUUUUGUCCCAUUUUACGGCCUUUUUGUCACAGUUGUUAAAUGAAAUUGCUGCAGUUGGUAAGUGAUUCCUGUUGGUUAAUGACUUUGCUUGUUGGAAGCCAGCUGGGAAGAUUACAAAUGGCGAUCGCAUGGCCUCAAGAAAGAACAACUGUCAUAAAUAUAUGCCAGUUCUUGAGUGCCCACAUUUUGAUUAUUUGACCAUGGGGAUGCUGCAACUGUUGUAAAUGUGAAAACCUGUCAUAAGUCACUUUUUUCACUUCCGUUGUAA